AUGUCUGGAAUUGCUUAUGCAAGCUCGUGGGGCGCAGCGUUGGUAAGGAUCUCGCCGUACACUUUCUCCGCAAUCGGAAUCGCCAUCUCGAUCGGCGUCUCAGUCCUCGGUGCCGCCUGGGGAAUUUAUAUCACGGGAAGUAGUUUGAUCGGUGCGGCCAUUGAAGCUCCUCGUAUCACUUCGAAGAAUCUCAUCAGUGUAAUCUUUUGCGAAGCUGUGGCUAUAUAUGGCGUUAUUGUUGCAAUCAUACUGCAAACGAAGUUGGAGAGUGUCCCAUCUUCAAAGAUGUAUGACCCUGAGUCUCUGAGAGCUGGAUAUGCAAUCUUCGCUUCUGGAAUCAUAGUUGGAUUCGCCAAUCUCGUAUGCGGGUUAUGUGUAGGAAUCAUUGGAAGCAGUUGCGCAUUGUCUGAUGCUCAGAACUCCACACUCUUUGUGAAGAUUCUUGUGAUUGAGAUCUUCGGGAGCGCUUUGGGGCUGUUUGGAGUUAUUGUUGGGAUCAUCAUGUCCGCACAAGCGACAUGGCCGACCAAAUAG